CGGCAUCACUGAAAUGUAUCUCAUGUCAGGACCCACUCAAGCAAUGUGACAAUUCUGAAUCUGUAGACUGUAAAGCUGACGAAGAAUUCUGCCUUUCCUUCACCGCACAUAUUCCAAUAAUGGGUCGCAUCAAUAAGUCUUUUAAGUCUUGUGCCUCAUCAAACGUUUGUCAGCCAGGCAAUUACAGUCUAACUACCAAGGACAGUAAACACUUCCAAUCAAUUGUGACUUGUUGCAACACAGACCAUUGCAACAAUGACACUCUUCAGGUGCCCCCAAGCACAAACAAAGCUAGGAAUGGGAAUCGGUGUCCAGUCUGCUUUUCCAUGGGGUCAGAUAGCUGCCAGACAGAGGAAUUGAUCGACUGCAUUGGAGAGGAGACUCAGUGCAUCAGUUUUUCUGCUUCCGUCAAGCUAAGUGCUUCACUUCUCCCUUUAUCACUAAGGGGUGCCUUACAGGGCUGCGCUACACCAAACCUAUGUGCCUCUCCAGCACUGCCACCAGAAUUAUCCAAGAACGGAAUCGAGGUCAAUAUUACUCUCCUGCAAUGUAGCAGUGGCACCAGCGCUGCCACCACACUGACGGACAGCACCACACUGCCCUUGCCAGGCUGAUAGGAAAUAGCAAAGCUUUCCCCCUGCAGAUUCCACCAUUUAUUGGAACAGGGAAG